AUGGGUCUUUUGCAACCCCAACAACCCCUCCAGCAUGUUGCUACUUACUCUCCCUCCAUGCAAGCCCAGGCUAUCUCCGGUGUUGCAACUCAUAACAACUUUCAGUUCCCCCAAGCCCAACAGCAGCAGCCACAACAUCUGGGCAUCCCAAUGAAUACUCAAAAUCGACCCUCCCACCGACGCAACCAGUCUGCUCUGCCUAAUGUAAGCGUGGGCCCACCCCCUGCGCCUUCUUCGGGUUCGGCUGGUACCAACUAUGGUGAUUACAACCAGAGUCAGGCCCAGGGCCAAGGUCAGAGUCAGGUUCCGUCCAAUCAAAAUCGGGAGAAUGGCCAGCAAUCUCGCGGCCGUGGUGGUGCUCCUCCAGGUGGCGGCCAUCAACGUCGUCAUUCACUGGCGCUUCCUGAAGCUAGAAAAGCUGCGGAACUGGCACAGCAAAAGCGAACAACCUCGGGCUUCCAAUUUCCAAUUCCAGGUACUUCCGGUGCGUCUAGCACGUCGAAUCAAGGUGAUGGUUCCCCUAGUGAAAAAACAGUCCAACCUUCAACAUCUACCGCUCAAGCUCCUCAGGGACUAGGCGUUCAGCGUGCUGGAAACAUUCGAGCUGGAAGUCAUAUGCGUAGCCAGUCUUUGGCUGUAGGAAGUGGACGUGGUGGACCUCAGGGUGGCAGAGGUGCUGGAGGGUUCCAGUUUCCCCAGGCAAAUGAGGGAACUCCCGCUACGGAUACACCUCGACGCACUGGUCAACAAGGGCAUGGUCGAUCAGCUUCACGCAACUUUGACAGCAACUGGCGCCAGCAAAGUACUGGUCAGACUCAACCUCAAGAGCAGCAAAGAACUCCCAUGGGGAGUUUCGGACAGCAGCAACAAGGUGGAGCAAAUUUUCAACCGGGUCAUCGUGUCCGUAGUUCUGUGAACCAAUCGGUUGGAGCACUCGGUUCCUUCCAAUAUGCGGGUCAACCGCAACUCAUCCAGCUUCCCCAAGGACAAGUUGUUAUGGCACCUCCGCAAAUGUUUGCUGGUCAGCACUUGAAUCCUCUUCAGAUUGCUCAACUUCAGGCCCUUCAAAGUAGUCAGCUGAAUGGUCAAAAUCUAGGUUUACAAGCAGUUACUCAACACCCUGCUCCCCAGUUAUCUGCUCAACAACAACAGCAACAGCAACAGCGUAAAACGCUAUUUACCCCCUACCUUCCCCAGGCAUCACUGCCUGCCUUACUCAAUGAUGGUCAACUCGUGGCCGGUAUUUUGAGGGUCAACAAGAAGAAUAGGUCUGACGCCUAUGUUACUACUCCAGAUCUUGAUGCAGAUAUCUUUAUUUGCGGAAGCAAGGAUAGAAACCGUGCCCUAGAAGGUGAUCUGGUUGCCGUUGAACUGCUUGAUGUUGAUGAAGUUUGGAGUCAGAAGCGAGAAAAGGAGGAAAAGAAAAAGCGCAAGGAUAUUACCGACACUAGAAGUGGCAGCACUACCGGGAUGGAUAAGACUUCUCGUUCUGACUCCGUCACUAAUGGUGAUGCCGGACAAGUUGGCCCCGAUGGAAGCAUCAGACGCAGAGGAAGUCUCCGCCAACGUCCUACUCAAAAGAAAAACGACGACGUAGAAGUUGAAGGACAGAGUCUGCUUCUUGUGGAGGAAGAUGAAAUUAGUGAUGAACAGAAGCCACUUUAUGCUGGCCAUGUUGUUGCUGUCAUCGAGCGUGUGGCUGGCCAAAUGUUUUCCGGUUCUUUGGGUGUUCUGCGGCCCAGUAGCCAAGCCACUAAGGAGAAACAGGAAGCAGAGCGACAGGCCAGAGAUGGUAGCCAUUCUCGUCACCACCAUGAUCGCCAGCAGGAGAAGCCGAAGAUUGUGUGGUUCAAACCUACUGAUAAACGCGUUCCUCUGAUCGCAAUUCCUACUGAACAAGCUCCCCGCGACUUCGUUGAAAAGCACGCCGAUUAUGCCAACAAUAUUUUUGUCGCAUGUAUUAAGAGAUGGCCCAUCACAUCGCUUCAUCCAUUUGGAACCCUCGUUGAACAGCUUGGUGCCAUGGGUAACUUGAAGGUUGAGACAGACGCACUUCUCAGAGACAAUAAUUUUGCAUCCGACGAAUUUUCUGAUGCGGUAUUAAAAAACGUUGGCUUUGAAAACUGGUCCGUUGAGGACGAAGGAGAAGCCUUGCUAUCUAGCAGGCGGGACUUCCGUUAUGAAACAACUUUCACUAUUGACCCCAACGGCACCAAGGAAUUGGAUGACGCCAUUCACGUCAAAACACUCUCUGACGGAAAGGUGGAAAUUGGUAUCCAUGUGGCAGAUGUCGCUCAUUUCAUCAAGGGCAACUCGCUCGUUGAUAGGGAAGCAAAGAAACGAGGCACCGGUGUAUACCUUAUGAAUCGUGUGGUUAACAUGCUCCCGCCUCGCCUGUCGACUGAAAUAUGUUCCCUUUUGCCUGGCGAGGAGAGAUUAACCGUCAGCGUCGUUUUCCAAGUGAACCCUGCUACCGGUAUCGUGGAAGGAGAACCGUGGAUAGGAAAAGCUGUCAUUAAAAGUUCCGGAAAGCUUACUUACGAUGAGGUGGACGCUGUUCUCGGUGGAAAUUCCGAUAUUCAACUUCACGGCGUGACAGUAGAUGACAUCAAAACUUUGAAUGAUAUUGCCAGCAAAUUCAAAGAAGCGAGAUUUGGGAAUCGAUCCACCAGGAUACCGUCCCUGCGACUCCUGUAUCAGCUUGAUGAUGAAAACGUUCCGGUAGAACACAACAUCUUUGACACCACACCAGCACAUGAACUCAUUGAGGAAUUAAGCCACAAGGCGAAUACCUUCGUAGCUGAAAAACUUGUCUCCGCUCUUCCGGAGAAAGCGUUGCUUCGCCGCCAGGCACCACCCAAUUUCCGACGUCUACAGACCUUUGUUGACCGGAUGACUAGGUUGGGCUACGAUAUAGAUUCUACCAGCAGUGGCACACUGCAGACCAGUUUGUUCAAAAUUGGGGAUGUUGAGAUUCGCAAGGGUAUGGAAACACUUCUUCUCAAGGCUAUGCAGCGUGCAAAGUAUUACGUUGCUGGAAGUGUUACAGAUGAGCAGCGGCAGCACUAUGUCCUCAAUUUGCCAUUAUACACUCACUUCACCAGUCCAUCAAGACGGUAUGCCGAUAUUGUUGUGCACAGACAACUUGAGGCUGUUCUCUCCAAUGGUGAAUUUACUGAAGACAUCGAAAAUCUCACCAAAACCGCUGAGCAAUGCAACAAUAAGAAAGAUUCCGCCCAAAAUGCUCAGGAGCAAAGUGUCCAUAUUGAAUCAUGCCGCAUCAUGGACAAGAAGCGACAGGAGAUCGGAGGUGACCUGAUCAGCGAGGGCAUUGUCCUCUGUGUUUACGAAUCCGCAUUUGAUGUUCUCAUCCCAGAAUAUGGCUUCGAGAAACGCGUCCACUGUGAUCAGUUGCCGUUGAAGAAGGCUGAGUUCCGUAAGGAACAGCGUGUUUUGGAGUUAUACUGGGAGAAAGGUGUCCCAUCAUCUGCCUACAUUCCAGAGGAUGAGCGCCCCAAAGCUGCUCAGAGUACACGUGCUGCUAACGCUGCUGCUGUCGCUCGUGAGGCUGAGGCUGCCAGGGAGCGGGCUCGCGAACGGGAAGAGGUUCAACGGAAACAGACAGACACCGGCACCAUCUCAACUGAUGACGUUGACGCACUCUUUGAUGAUGAGGAUGAGGAUGACGAUAUCUCCGAGGUUACGGAGAUGGCAGCGGGCGUCUCUCUUAAUUCUCCUGUGGAUCGUCCCACUCAAAGUAUGCCCCCAUCCCCCACACGCAACGGCCAACCCCAGCAGACUCCCCACCGCACCCGUUCAGACCCGAAGAUCGCAUCUAGUACAGUUGAGGCUACUGAAACCAAACUGUCGAAUAAGGAGAAGUAUCUCAAGCUUUUCAAGCUGCGAGAAGAGGACGGUGAAUAUAUCCAGGACGUCACGGAAAUGACCAGGGUCCCAAUCAUUUUGAAGACAGACCUGAGCAAGAGUCCUCCGUGUCUCACUAUUCGUUCGGUUAACCCCUACGCUCUUUAG